CUAGGCUCCCGGGCCGAGAUGGCGGCGGUGCGCGUGCGCGCUGGCUUACAGCUUCCCGGGAGGAGGAGCGAGCGGCCGCUGGGGAGGCAGCGGCUCCCCUCUCCCGGCAAGGGCGGCGGCAGCGGUGCUGGGCGGGGCCGGGCUCGGGGCUAGCGGCGCGGCUGCAGGGGCUGUGCGAGGCACUGCGGGGCUGCGAGGCGCUCGGGCCCGCGGAGAGGCCGUGCGCGCUCAGCCGACCUCCGCGGCCACCGCGCUGCUCGCUCUGGGUGACGUCGUCCCGGGGUCCCCAGCAUGACCGAGCUACGGCAGAGGGCUGUCCGCGAGGACGCACCGCCGGAGGACAAGGAAUCGGAGUCAGAAGCAAAAAUAGAUGGAGAGACUGCAUCAGACAGUGAGAGCCGAGCUGAACCAGCUCCCCCGCCAACCUCCAUAGAUGACACCCCAGAGGUCCUGAACAGGGCUCUUUCCAACUUGUCUUCAAGAUGGAAGAACUGGUGGGUGAGAGGCAUCCUGACUUUGGCCAUGAUUGCAUUUUUCUUCAUUAUCAUUUACCUGGGACCAAUGGUUUUGAUGAUGAUUGUGAUGUGUGUUCAGAUUAAGUGUUUCCACGAGAUAAUCACUAUUGGCUACAAUGUAUACCACUCCUACGACCUCCCCUGGUUCAGGACCCUCAGCUGGUACUUUCUCCUGUGUGUAAACUACUUCUUCUAUGGUGAGACAGUGACAGAUUACUUCUUCACUCUGGUCCAAAGAGAAGAGCCUUUGCGGAUUCUCAGUAAAUACCACCGGUUCAUUUCCUUUACCCUGUAUCUCACAGGGUUCUGUAUGUUUGUACUGAGUCUAGUUAAGAAGCAUUAUCGACUGCAGUUCUACAUGUUUGGCUGGACCCAUGUGACCUUGCUUAUUGUCGUAACCCAGUCACACCUUGUUAUCCAUAACUUGUUUGAAGGAAUGAUAUGGUUCAUUGUUCCCAUUUCAUGUGUCAUCUGUAAUGAUAUCAUGGCCUAUAUGUUUGGCUUUUUCUUUGGUCGGACCCCACUCAUUAAGCUGUCUCCGAAGAAGACCUGGGAAGGCUUCAUUGGGGGCUUCUUUGCCACUGUGGUGUUUGGCCUUCUGCUCUCCUAUGUGAUGUCUGGGUACAGAUGCUUCGUCUGUCCUGUGGAAUACAACAAUGACACCAACAGCUUCACUGUGGACUGUGAGCCAUCCGACCUGUUCCGUCUGCAGGAGUACAGCAUUCCUGGAGUGAUCCAGUCCAUUGUUGGCUGGAAAACAGUGAGGAUGUACCCUUUCCAGAUCCACAGCAUAGCCCUCUCCACCUUUGCCUCGCUCAUCGGUCCGUUUGGAGGGUUCUUCGCAAGUGGAUUCAAACGAGCCUUUAAAAUCAAAGAUUUUGCCAAUACCAUUCCUGGUCACGGAGGCAUCAUGGAUCGCUUUGACUGCCAGUAUCUGAUGGCCACCUUUGUCAAUGUGUACAUUGCCAGCUUUAUCAGGGGCCCAAACCCGAGCAAACUGAUUCAGCAGUUUCUGACGUUGCGGCCAGAUCAGCAGCUCCACAUCUUCAACACACUCAAGUCUCAUCUGACUGACAAGGGGAUCCUGACUUCUGCCUUGGAAGAUGAGUAGUGUCCCCCCAGGGCCAGGAGAGCCGGAGCAGGACUGAGUGAGGGGCAGGUCUCCAAGGCCAGCCCACACGCUGUGACUUAGAUAAUGAAAAGCUUCAACUCACUGUCUUUUUUUUUAAAUUGUGAGUUCUGUUUUGUUUUUUAAAAAUCUGUAUAUACAGUCUGUUUAUAAUGUGGGCUGUGAGUAAGCUAUCGCUUUGAGUUGCAAAGAAGUCACAGGGAAGAACCAUUUGGGUUUCUUUAAGUACAGGUAUUGAACAACAUGAAAGACAGUGUUGCCCAGCUCAGGGGGUCUGCUUGGUGGUUCUAACCCCACGCAUCUAGUUGUUUCUAGGCUGUGAGAGGCCAUACAUUGAUCUGUGUCUGAUAGUAGAGAGACUUUCCCACCUGGCAGAGGCUUCAUCGCCUUGUGGCUUUUGCUCGACACCUUUCCCUGGGGCUUCUGCAGGCAUCCCUGCCUGGGAGCAGUGGAGGGCUGCCUUCUGUAGAGCUGAGGGAGGGAGGGAGGCUUACUGACCAGAUGCACAUCUGUCCAAGCCAGAAUCCUGCAGAAGGCACAUGCACUUUGUUUAUAGUUGGCUUUCACCAUCCAGACCAAAAGAGGAUUUCAGACUUCAUUUUUCUCAGAAGGCAUGAAGAACUUAGGGCGUCUGAAAAGAGAAACCCACGCUGUAGUAUGUCAUGUGUGUGCAGUAGGAUGCACUGUCACCGCCUUUCCCUGCCACCCAGGCUCCAGUGGCUUCUGGGGAGGUCUGCAGAGCUGAGGCCUUCACAUUUGUGCUGUGGGUUUGCUGCUGCUGAUUCUUCUGGGGACUCCCGAGAGGUGGGGAGCAGAGGGCUUUGGUUCACACCCCCUUUGCCUGGAAGCCCACUUGUGUUGCUGCUCUGUUGUGUAUAUAGUACUCUUGGGUGAGUGUAUGUCUGUGUUUAAAAGUCCCUUGUUUCCUACAUGAUUUCAGUCACACCUGGACUUCCUCCCUGAGUCCUUAGAACUGCGGCAAGGCUAAUCAGGGCUCAGUGUACACUUUGUAUGAAAUGUGACCAGUUUAGAUGUAGUUUGUACUUUACUGGGGGACCUCUUGCUGUUUGUAUAAACUGUGAUUGUUCUUUUCCUUCUUAAUCGUAAGUUGAGAUUGAUAAGUUGAGAGGCUGGUUCUUUGUCAGGCCCAGGAGCAGCUGGCAGAGAAAGGACUUGUUCCUCAAGCGUGUUGACACCAUGGCGUACCCACUGCUGAUGAGGGUGUAGGGAUGUGCUUUCAGCACCGUGGCCUGUGCCAGUUUGUCUUCAGAUCAGCCUUCCUGUCCCCUCCAGUGCACAGACAGCUCUCAGAAUGUCUGUCAUGUGCCACCAUGCCUCCCACGUGGGAGGGGCUGGAACACAUUUUUGGCUCUGACCUUCAACUUCCAUGUCAGCCUUGUGGCUUUUCUUUCUCAGCCCCCAGGGCUGCGUUGAACCUGCCUUGGGUUUGGUUCUUCUGUGUGGCCCUAGGUGGGAAGCUUUGCUCUCAGGGUUCUCGUUUUCUGACUUACCCUUGAAGUUGACCAGUUCUGUAACUCUACAGAAAAGUUCCUGUUGCUACUGAGUUAUAUCAUGGGCACCCAAAAAAGGAAAUAUACCCAGGCGUAUUUUACAGUUGCCCCUUGAGAUGAGUCAGUGUCUUCUUAAGAUUUUCAGGUUAGGAGUGAGACUGUCCUUUUCUGACUAAAGAAUGACCUCGGAUCACCAAACUAGAUAGAGAAGGGCACACCAGUCAGUCCCCAGCAGUGACUGAGGCGUGAGGAAAUAGUUGCUGGAGUCUGAAAAACUGAAACCCAAGAGUUUUGGAUUCUUUCCUGAGUUCUCGGGAAAGAGGAGAAUUUCCCAAUCAAGUCUCCAGGAGAGCAAUGCCACCGUGUGUCUGUCCAGCUUGCUGUCUGUCCCAUUAAGCAGGCAGGAUCCCAGCGACUACUUUAACAUGCACCAUGCAGAUCUCAAUGGCUCACAUAACUUGCUUUACACUCAUUUUGUUUUGUUAGAAAUAAAAUUUUUGUGCCUUUCCUUGUUA